CUGGGCCACGUGACUUCGUUCCUGCUUGCCAAAGAUGGCGGCGCCCAGGGCUGCGGCGUGAAAGUUGAAGUGGAAAGACUGUCCCCUGGAGCUGGGAUAAAAAGCGGUGGGGACCUUGCGCCAUGUCGCGACUGAUCGUGAAGAACCUCCCGAAUGGGAUGAAGGAGGAGCGCUUCCGGCAGCUUUUUGCCGCUUUUGGCACGCUGACCGACUGCAGCCUGAAGUUCACCAAAGACGGCAAGUUCCGGAAGUUUGGCUUCAUCGGCUUCAAAUCGGAGGCCGAGGCCCGGAGAGCGCUGAGCCAUUUCAACAAGAGCUUCAUCGACACAGCCCGUAUCACGGUCGAGUUCUGCAAGUCCUUUGGGGACCCGACGAAGCCCCGCGCCUGGAGCAAACAUGCCCAGAAACCGAGUGACCCCAAGAAGUCUUCGGAAGAUGCAGCUUGCCCGGAAACUAAGAAAGACAAGAAGAAAAGGGAACCAAGUGACCUGGAGAAGCUGAAGGAGGAUACCGAGUUCCAGGAGUUCCUGUCGGUUCACCAGAAGAGGACACAGGUGGCCACGUGGGCGAACGACGCACUGGACGCUGAGACCCCAAAAGGAAAGAGCAAGCCAGCCAGCGACUACCUGAACUUCGACUCUGACUCUGGGCAGGAGAGUGAGGACGAGGAGACUCAGGCAGCAGGGGUGGAGCCCGAAGAAGAGCAAGACCUCGGGCCCAAGGCAGCCGUGAAGAAGGAGCUGUCGGACAUGGAGUACCUGAAAUCCAAGAUGGUGCAGGCUGACUCGGCCUCCUCGGAGGAGGAGGAGGAGGAGGAGGAGGAAGAGGAGAGCGAAGACGAAGCCGUGAACUGUGACGGGGAGAGUGAGGCUGAGGAAGAGGAGGAGUCCGCUGUGCCAGCCGAGCGGGACACAGAGCACAGGGCGGCCAGCCUGGGAUGCAGGGCCCUGCCUGGGCGUGGGAGACCUCAGGACGGGAAAUCCGAGAUGGGGAAGCCAGCCAGCCAGAACGAGCCCACCACCCCUCACACCGUGAAGCUGCGGGGCGCCCCGUUCAACGUCACAGAGAAAAAUGUUACAGAAUUCCUGGCACCCCUGAAGCCAGUGGCCAUUCGAAUAGUGAGAAAUGCUCAUGGGAACAAGACAGGGUACGUCUUCGUGGAUUUCAGCAGCGAAGAGGAAGUGAAAAAAGCACUGAAAUGCAACCGCGAGUACAUGGGCGGGCGUUACAUCGAGGUAUUCAGGGAGAAGCAGCUUCCUGCGGCCAAGGCACCCCUGAAGAACAGCAGCAAAGCUUGGCAGGGCCGGACGCUCGGGGAGAAUGAGGAGGAGGAGGACCUGGCCGACUCCGGGAGGCUCUUCGUGCGCAACCUGCCCUACACCAGCACUGAAGAGGACCUGGAGAAGCUCUUCUCCGCCUAUGGUCCCCUGUCGGAGCUGCACUACCCCAUCGACAGCCUGACCAGGAAGCCCAAGGGCUUCGCCUUCGUCACCUUCCUGUUCCCCGAGCACGCUGUGAAGGCCUACACGGAGGUGGACGGGCAGGUGUUCCAGGGCAGGAUGCUGCACGUGCUGCCGUCCACCAUCAAGAAAGAGGCCAGCGAGGAGGCCGGUGCCCCCGGGUCGUCUUACAAGAAGAAGAAGGACUCCAAGGACAAAGCCAGCAGCUCCAGUUCCCACAACUGGAACACGCUGUUCAUGGGGCCGAACGCUGUGGCCGACGCCAUCGCGCAGAAGUACAGCGCCACCAAGAGCCAAGUGUUCGACCACGAGACCAAGGGCAGCGUGGCCGUGCGUGUGGCCCUGGGGGAGACACAGCUGGUCCAGGAAGUGCGGCGCUUCCUGCUCGACAAUGGGGUCUGCCUGGACUCCUUCAGCCAGGCCGCAGCGGAGCGAAGCAAGACAGUGAUUCUGGCCAAGAACCUCCCGGCGGGCACCCUAGCAGCCGAGCUGCAAGAGAUUUUUGGCCGUUUUGGCAGCCUGGGCCGCGUGCUGCUGCCUGAAGGUGGCAUCACGGCCAUCGUGGAGUUCCUGGAGCCCCUGGAGGCCCGAAAGGCCUUCAGACACCUGGCCUAUUCCAAGUUCCACCACGUGCCUCUCUAUCUGGAGUGGGCCCCCAUGGGUGUCUUCUCCAGCACAGCCCCUCAGGAGAAAGCACCCCAGAAGGCACCAGCAGAGCCCGAGGGAAAGGACAGGGAGGAGCCGGAAGCCGUAGCCGACAGCGAGACCCCAGAAACUGAGAAGCCAGCAGAGGGAGCAGCAGCCUCCACCACCAAGACAGAAGAGGAGGAGGAGGAGGAGGAAGAGGAGGAUGACAGCCUUCCAGGGUGUACUCUGUUUAUUAAAAACCUCAACUUCGACACCACAGAGGAGACGCUGAAGGAAGUGUUUUCCAAAGCGGGGGCACUGAGGAGCUGCUCUGUCUCCAAGAAGAGGAACAAAGCAGGCGUACUGCUGUCCAUGGGCUUCGGGUUUGUGGAGUAUAGGAAGCCGGAGCACGCACAGAAAGCCCUCAGGCAGCUCCAGGGUCACGUCGUGGACGGCCACAAGGUGGAAGUGCGGAUCUCAGAACGAGCCACCAAGCCAGCCCUGACGUCUGCCCGGAAGAAGCAAGUUUCCAGGAAGCAGACGACCUCCAAGAUCCUGGUGCGGAACAUCCCCUUCCAAGCCGACCUCCGAGAGAUCCGAGAGCUGUUCAGCACCUUCGGGGAGCUGAAGACGGUCCGGCUGCCAAAGAAGAUGACAGGGACGGGCACACACAGAGGGUUUGGCUUCGUGGACUUCCUCACAAAGCAAGAUGCAAAGCGAGCCUUCAAUGCCCUGUGUCACAGCACCCACUUGUACGGCCGGAGGCUGGUCCUGGAGUGGGCGGACUCCGAGGUGACCCUGCAGGCCCUGCGGCGGAAGACGGCUGAGCACUUCCACGAGCCCCGGAAGAAGAAGCGGUCCGCGGUGUUGGAUGGGAUCCUGCAGCAGCUGGAGGACAGCGCGAGCGACGGCGAGGAGCAGAGCCUUCAACUGUGAGCUGGCACUGCGAGGUGCCACCCGCGCACCUGGAGAGACCCCGGCCUGGGCCUGGUCCUCGCCCCCCAAGGCCUCCGUGGGAAGCAGACCAGCACCGCAGGCACGCCGUGCUGCGCCCCGGACUCCUGCCUUCCUCACCUCGGGCUGCCACUGGGAAGCCACCUGCGUCUGUCCCAAGGACUAGGCCUCCAUCCUGUGCAUCCUGAUCACGGGGGCCUGAGCCUACCUCUGUCACCCCGAGACAUCUCCGAGUGGCUCCAACACAGGCUGACUGGACACGCCCAACUGGGACACAUGGGGGCUUGGAACACUGCAAGGGUCCGACCCAGCAAGCAGCGUCCCCAGCUAGUCCCCAGCAAGGAGCACUGUGUGCACACCCUCUACACCCCAGGAGGGCCAGCACAGCCCCAGGCCAGGUGACACAGAGGAGAGAGGGGGCCGUAGCCCCUCAGCUCCGGUCCAGCUCCCCACACAGCACCUCCAGCCAUGCAGUCCGGACCGUGCCGGCCCCAGAUGCUCGGUCAUUCCUUGUGUCUGGCGGGAUGAGAGCUGCCUGCCUCGGGUGGGGGUGCUGGAGAACAUGAAGUGGGUCCAGUAAACCCUCAGUGUCACCUGCGCUUGUGGCCGCCUUCAUUUGGGACCAGAGGUGAUGUCUAGGGACGCCCUGGGUCCUUGCUGCUUUCCGUGUGUGUGUGAGGCUCCGGUCCUGUGCAGCUCUCAGAGUGGCCUGGACCCCCACCCGGGCUGUGUGGUACCAGGUGGACAGCCCAUCACCCUGACUCGCCCCUGAAAAUUAGCAGUGCGUACAGAAACCCAGAGCAGCUGUGCCCCUGCUUCUCCAGUGAGGUGCCCUGCAAACGGCACAGUGGCCGCAGCGGGUAGGGCCAUCAGGGACCAGGCCCCGAGGGGGUGACAGGGCUGGGACUGCCCUGCUCCGUGCUGCUCUUCCAUUGCUGGGCGGUAGCACAUCCUGCUGGAGCCUCCUGGGGCGAGUGGUUUGUGUGCGCAUGUCCCCACCCCGCGGGCAGGGGACAGCCUCUUGAAUGCCAAAAAUAAGUCACAGCCCUGUGGGCCUAAUACAGAAAAGGCAGAGACAGGCACUGUCAGACCCUCCCCCAGCAGGGCCCACGUUCUCUGCUGCUCAGCGUCGUGGGGCACGGCCAGGCACUCCCCAAGCCCGGGCCAGCUGGCUUCAGCGGUGCCACCCCACUUGGCAGCCUUGGAAGCCAGGCAGUGACUUCUGCACCCUUGGUGUCCUCAUCCUUAGAGUGCGUGCUGCGGACAGCACCUGGUCACAGAGCUCUCCGCACGCAUCUUGGGUCACACAGCGUCGUGAACGGUGUAUAAAUCUGCGCCUUGGAGCAGCCCAGAGGCCUGGGCACAAAGACACAGCUAAAGGAGUAGCCAGAGGACAGAGCGCUGCCGCUGCUCACCAGCCCAGCCCGGAACUGGCCGGGGUGGGGUCCCUGCCCCUGUCAUGGCUCAUAUCUGGAAUGUCCGCGAAGGCAGCUGUGUCAAGAGUGGGGCUUUGGGAAGGUGACUGAAUCGCAGGGCGUGAACAUCGCGAGUGGACUCGUCCACAGAGGAGCUCGAGGCUGAGCGUGCUGUCAGGCGGAGGUCGCCGGGGCUGUCUCUGUAAGGGGUCUUCUGUGUCUCUCUGCCGCCGUGGACUGCACCUGCUGAAACCCAGCUAAGUAAACCCCACCUCAUUUCAGUUGUGGGUGGGCAGGUAUUGUGUGCCAGCAAA